AUGGCGGUCAAUCCGCAGCCGGCGCUGCAGCUGGCUGACUACCUGGAGAAGCUGCCGGGCACGACCUUCAGGAAGCUCUACCAGCAGCCCUCGACGGCCUUUGCCAUUUUCCGGCGCAUGCUGCCGCAGCUGGCCAAAACGUUUGUGAUGCGCAUGCUGUACAUGCCCAACCCGAUGAGUCUGGCGGACCUGGACACUUGGGUCAAGCCCGAAGCGAAGAGGACUAACGCGACGAGCGCCGCAAACCCCGAUAGACAAAAAGACCAGGUGCUCUCGACGCUCCGAAGCCUCCACAUCGUGCAGAUAUCCGCGCCGUCCCGCGACAAGCCGCAGGAGGUGCAGCUCACGGCCAACUUUCGCACCUCGAUGCGCCUCGCCCUGACCGGCGGAGGCGACCACGGCUCCUUCGGCGUGCCCUCGAGCCUCCUCGUGCCUCCCGAGAUCGACCUUGCCUUCCUCGACCGCCACGCGCGCCGGCGCUGGGACGACAUCCUCCACUUCGUCGUGUCCUCCGUCGGCUUCAAGAGCACCCUAUCCACCAACUCUGACUCCGGCCCCAACAAGAGCGUCCGCGAUAUCCUCGUGGCUGGCGGCCUCGUCGACCGCCGCCCUAACGGGUCCGUCGGCAUCACGCAGGCCGGCUUCACGUUCCUGCUGCAGGAGGCCAACGCCCAGGUGUGGACGCUCCUGCUGAUGUGGCUCGAGGCGCUGCUCGAGGCCGACCGCGGCGCCGCCGUCGACGUCCUCUCCUUCCUCUUCGUCCUCGCCAGCCUCGAGCUCGGCCGCGCCUACGACACCGACGCCCUCACCGAGAAGCGCCGCGACAUGCUGCCCGCCCUCGCCGACUUUGGCCUCGUCUACAUACCCCCGCAGAAGCGCUCCAUGUUCUUCCCCACGCGCCUAGCCACCACCCUUACCAGCGGCGGCGGCGUCGAGACCAACUACCGGCUGUACGCGUACACGCAGUCGACGCUGCAGAUCGCCGUGCUCGCGCUCUUCGCGCGGCUAACCAUGCGCUUCCCGGACAUGGUCGCCGGCCGCAUCACGCGCACCUCGAUCCGGCAGGCCAUCCAGUUCGGCAUCACCGCCGACCAGAUCGUCGCGUACCUCGCCGCCCACGCCCACGAGCAGAUGCACCGCUCCGCCGCCCUCGCCAACAAGCCCGUGCUGCCACCGACCGUCGUCGACCAAAUCCGCCUCUGGCAGCUCGAGAACGAGCGCAUGAAGACCACCAGCGGUUUCCUCUUCCGCGACUUUGAUGACCCCAAGGAGUACCACGACACGCGCCGCUUCGCCGAAGAGAUUGGCGUGCUCGUCUGGAGCAACGACAAGUCCGGCAUGUUCUUUGCCAGCAAGUUUGAGCAGAUUAGAGACUACUUGAAGAGUAGGAAGAAGGCAGAAUGA